UCCCGGGCUGUUCUCGAAAAUGGCGGAUAGCAGGGUUUCAUCGUGGAAAGAAGACGAUCCCCUUAAAGGUGCACUGCAGAAGUAUGUCAAACAAGGCCUCAAACGCGAAGAAGCGAUCGAUUUUUUACGGAGAGACUUUCCUCAAUACGCCUGGAGUAUCCGAACACUCGACAGACGUUUACGCCAUUUCGAAGUUUAUUACAGGGAUGACACUGUUUCGGUUGAAGAUGUUAAAGAGGCUGUUAAAAAGGAAUUGGAAGGACCAGGAAAGCUAUUGGGAUAUAGAAGCAUGCACAAGAAAAUAAGACAAAAAUAUGACUUGUUAGUUACGCGAGAUCAAGUUUACGAUGUGAUGUCUGAUCUUUACCCCGAUGGACUUGCUGCUCGCGGAGGCGUUGGAGCUAAGAAGGCAAGGCGAAAGAAAGGAAACUUCUCUUCGAAAGGACCAAACUGGGUCCACUCCCUGGACGGUCAAGAUAAAUUAAUGGGUUUCCAAAAUUCCACUUUUCCGAUUGCUAUUUAUGGCUGCUUAGAUACAGCCAGCAGAAAGCUGCUAUGGUUGCGAGUUUGGAAUAAGAACUGUGACCCGCAAUUGAUUGGUCGUUGGUACUUGGAGCAUAUAAUGGAGACCAAGGUAAUUCCUGCAAUGAUCAGAAUCGACAAAGGUACAGAAACAGGCACCAUGGCCACAAUUCAUGCCUUUCUUCGUAGACAUCACACUGACGUUGUGGAUCCUGCAGACACAAUUUUGUAUGGUCCAUCAACUUCAAACGAAAUCGAAAGAUGGUGGAAAGAAUUACACGAAAGAAUGGAAAAAUUUUUCAAAAGUCAGUUAAGAUGGCUUAAAGAUCAAGGGCAUUAUGACCCACAUGAUGAUAUUGACAGGUGAGAAUGGGCAAGUCUCCCCCCUCCACCUCCGCCCACACGCACACAUACACAGGCUAUUCAUUUCAAGGUUUGUUUUUAAACUCCAAAAGUGACAUUGAGUUAUUGUUUUAGAAUAUGUUGCAGUUUUGCUAGGGCAUGGCACGUGGGUGAUUGAAAGCUCAAUCAACAUAAACAUUAUUUUGCCUAAAGUUAAUAUACAUACAUUUUUUAUAGCAAAUUAAUUAAUUUCUGUAUGAAUGCAAUAACACAUCCCCUCCCCCUAAAGCUUAUAUAUACUCGAGUCAAAUAGAUAUGGUUGAGGGGGCCCAGGAAAAAUUUUAGUUAGGGAACCCCCCCCCCCAA